AGAUGGCGGUGUCCGAGAGAGGUCACCACCGGAACGUGCCGGGCUAUGCCGACAGUUUCUGGUUCAAAUACGUCCUGUCGGUCAUCGCCGCCGGAGUAGCAGAGACAGUGACCUACCCACUAGACCUGACCAAGACCAGACUACAGAUCCAAGGAGAACUGUCCAAACAGUCUAAACACAAGGUGCCUUACAGGGGGAUGCUACAAACAGCUCUUGGUGUAGCUCGUGAAGAAGGGGUACUAAAGCUAUGGCAGGGACUCACACCAGCAGUACAGAGGCAUGUGGUAUAUUCAGGCUGCCGUAUGGGUGCGUAUGAGUGGAUCCGAGACAACGUACUGGGGAGGGAACCAGACGGAUCCUUUCCUGUAUGGAAGGCAGUAUGUGGAGGGCUGGUAGCUGGUUCCCUGGGACAGUUUAUUGCCAGCCCCACAGACCUUGUGAAAGUACAGAUGCAGAUGGAGGGAAGGAGAAUAUUAGAGGGCAAACCUGCAAGGGUACGAGGGACGUGGCACGCUUUUACGAAAAUCUUGGCGGAGGGCGGAAUCCGUGGCCUGUGGAAAGGAUGGGUGCCAAACGUACAGCGCGCUGCCCUGGUCAACAUGGGAGACCUUGCAACUUACGACUCUGCCAAGAGAUUUAUUCUGGGCCACACCUCGUUAUCUGAUGGACCAAUCGUGCAUUCUCUAUCAAGUGCCUGUUCAGGGAUUGUGGCAGCUUCCUUAGGGACUCCAGCAGAUGUGGUGAAAACCAGGAUAAUGAACCAACCAACGGACAGCAGUGGCAGGGGAACGUUGUAUAGGUCAUCCAUAGACUGCCUGGUCAAAACGGUUAGGAAGGAGGGCGUCAUGGCACUGUAUAAAGGCUUCGUCCCCAUAUGGUCAAGAAUGGCCCCCUGGUCACUGACCUUCUGGUUGUCCUAUGAGCAGGUCCGACGGUUGUCGGGGACAACGUCCUUCUGAUGAUAGACAGCUGUCCAUCAGAGUCAUGUGACCAGCAGCCAUCAUACCAACCUUUGUGUUCACUGAAUGUGGACACAUCUGAUUCACUCCUACCUCUUAUAGAACUAAUAACUACCAGUGGUUCUAUAUAUAUAUUAUGUCAAAUAUUGUCUACAGUCAAAUUUGAAAUGGCUGAUUAAAUAUUAUGGUCAUAUUUCUAAAAUGGCCAAAUCUGCAUGUAAAUAUCUUGAUAUCCAAACAUUAAAAAAAAUUGUCUCCAAUGUUAUAAAAACUUACGUUGCAUAUUAUCAAGAAGCAGAAUCAUUUUGACAUUUAAUAAAUUUGAAUUGAUAUAUUUGAUAUGUCAAACCUUGCUUGUUUUACAUGUAUGCAUUCCUUCCAGCAGUACAAUUGUAUCAUGCAAUGCCUUGAUCUUCAAAAGUCCUUUAUAAAUCAUUGAGAAUAUUAUCUGAAGAAAGCAGAGAAAUUGAGGAGCAAAGCUUACCCUCCAUAUUUGCAUAUAUUAGCACAAAUUUGCAUACAGAACUAUGAUGUCCCACAUGGACCAUCAUUAAUUACUGUACACCUAAAAUGAUGAUUUAAGAAACAUCAAGUUAUCUUUCUAUUGUACAAGACUAACAUGUAAUUUCUCCUCCUUCACUUAAAAAUGUAAUUAUUUGUAAUGUAUAAAUUAGCACUG